AGCAGCACUGAUAGUUUAACGUGGGAAGAAAUACAAGCGAGUGUUGUCCAAAUACAUUGUUGUAAAAAAGGUCUGUAAACACACACUACCAUGGCAGGACGACUGUUUGAAACCAUUGGAAAAUUAGGUCUGGGACUGGCUGUGGCUGGUGGGGUCAUAAACUCUGCUCUUUACACUGUUGAUGCUGGGCACCGUGCCGUCAUCUUUAACAGGUUUAAAGGGGUGCAGGAUGAGGUAGAGGGAGAGGGCACCCACUUUAUUAUCCCUUGGGUGCAAAAGCCCAUUAUUUUUGACUGCCGUUCACGUCCACGUAACCUCCCUGUUGUCACAGGAAGCAAAGAUAUGCAGAAUGUGAACAUUACCCUGCGUAUCCUGUUCCGACCUAUUACCAGUCAGCUGCCACGGAUCUUCACAAGCAUUGGAGAGGACUAUGAUGAGAGAGUCUUGCCAUCCAUUACUACUGAAAUCCUUAAAUCUGUGGUGGCUCGCUUUGAUGCUGGAGAACUAAUUACACAGAGAGAGCUGGUAUCCAGGCAAGUGAGUGAGGACCUCACGGAGAGAGCAGCCACCUUUGGGCUAAUCCUGGAUGAUGUGUCACUGACACAUUUGACAUUUGGCAAAGAAUUCACAGAUGCAGUAGAAGCUAAACAAGUGUCUCAGCAGGAGGCUGAGCGAGCCCGAUUUGUUGUGGAGAAGGCUGAGCAACAGAAGAAAGCUGCUAUUAUAUCUGCAGAAGGAGAUUCCAAGGCUGCAGAGUUAAUCGCUACAUCUUUGGCAGACGUAGGAGACGGCCUGAUAGAGCUACGCAAGCUAGAAGCAGCGGAAGACAUUGCAUACCAACUGUCUAGGUCUCGUAAUGUUACCUACCUGCCUCCCGGCCAAUCAACCCUACUGCAGCUACCACAGUAACCAUUGGCUGAUUCUGUCAAUUGCUGCCUAGUAGCCCUUAAGGAGGACAUUUACAAAUGACUGGAUCAGAGGAGGGAGAAGGAUUGUGGCUGUUAAAUUGUCCAUUAGAAGCUCAAAUUCAACAGGUUGAUGUGGUACAUAAAGUCAUGGUGAUAAUGCAGUAGAUUUCAUAUAAAACAUUUAAGUACACACAA